UCCCGCCCCAGGAGGCUCUUCUCUCAGAUGCCAUGGCGGCUCCGGAGCUGCGUCUGGACGGCUCGAUUCGCUUCUGGGUUCUGCUGCCCGUGGCUUGGAUCGCGCUCGCCAUAGGGGUUCUGCGCCUGCGCAUAGCGGGCCUGCUGCGCGGCGAGCGCGUGCUGGGCUGGCUCGAGCAACGGCAGGACACGCAGAUUCUGGCUCGUAGUCGCCUCCUGAGAGAAAACGGACGUUUCCUAACUCAUCAGGGCUUCCUCAUGCGUAAGCAUCACUUCAAUAACCCUGAAAGUGGCUUCUUCCGCCAAACCAAGCGUAAAGUGCAGCCCCGAAACCUGCUAACAGAUCCCAGCCUGGUUAUGGAGAUGAUGAAGGGCAACUUGGUCCAUGUCCUUCCCAUGGUCCUAGUUGGAGGCUGGAUCAAUUGGGCCUUCUCUGGCUUUGUGGCCACCAAGGUUCCCUUCCCCCUUACCCUGCGGUUCAAGCCCAUGCUGCAGCGUGGAAUUAGCCUGCCUUCCUUGGACCCCUCUUGGGUGAGUUCGGCCUCCUGGUACUUCCUCAACGUUUUUGGCCUCCGCCGAGUGUACAGCCUCGUCCUGGGAGAGGAGACCGCUGCAGAGCAGAACCAGCUGCUCCUGCAGGACCCGUUCCUCAGCCCAGCUGUCCCCACCCCACCUGAUCCCAACAAGGCUUUCAAGGCUGAGUGGGAAGCUUUAGAGUUGGUUUCUCACCACUGGGCUCUACGGGAUGUGGAAGAGCAGUUGAUGUCACAGGACCUCAAGCUGGCAGGGAUGCCUGGGCCUGACUGAUCCCAUCCUGUGACCGCUGCAGGCUACUGCUGUCCUAUGGGACAAAUGUGUGCGCGCAAGAGACCCUUUCACCUCCUUGGGAGGUGGAAGAGGCUGACCCUCCCUGCGUAAUCAGCGUGGAACGGCUUUUCGUCUUAGAGGCAGGAAGGUUGCAGCAGAGAGCUUGAAGUCUGUAGCAUGACCCCCCCCCCCCAAUCAGUCAGUCAGAGCAGUGGGCAAAUAGCCUCUGUGGAACUGGCUCUGGGUGCCUGAAGUCUUGCAGGGGUAGCUGGAGCCAGCAGGUUAAUGUCAAAAAGCUCCUUUUCUUGUUCUGCUUGCAUGCAGAGAGAGAAGCCCAGUGUGGCAGACAGCUUUAUGGGAUGCCAGUCCCAAGUGUGUGUAGAACAAGUUUGGCUAUUAAAAUCAAGGUAGCUGCAACAAA